ACGGACAGUCCCACAGGCCCCGCCCCUUCGUGUUGUCGAGGAGCGCACGCGGCGCUUUUCGCUCUUCACUCGCUGCUUGCGCGACUUCGGCGGCGCUCGCGAAACGGCGCAAAUGGCAACGAUCGCGUUCUCAGCGGCUUGGGCUCUCUUAUUAUGGAUAUCACACACAGCCUCGAGUGCGCGGGUUUAUCCACCGAAUGAAGUGACUUUACUGGACUCGAGAACAGUGCAGGGUGAGCUGAAAUGGGUUUCCAGUCCAACAGAAGGAGGGUGGGAAGAAGUAAGCAUCAUGGACGAGAAGAACACCCCCAUCCGGACGUACCAAGUGUGCAACGUGAUGGAACCUAACCAGAACAACUGGCUUCGGACAGACUGGAUCGCACGUGGAGCGGCCCAGCGCAUUUACGUUGAGAUCAAGUUCACGCUGCGUGACUGCAACAGCUUGCCAGGCGUUUUGGGCACAUGCAAGGAGACGUUCAACCUCUACUACUACGAAUCCAACAAUGACAAAGAACGAUACAUCCGCGAGAACCAGUUCAUCAAGAUUGACACAAUUGCCGCUGACGAGAGCUUUACGCAGGUGGAUAUUGGAGACCGUAUCAUGAAGCUCAACACAGAGGUGCGGGAUGUGGGCGUCUUGACGCGCAAAGGCUUCUACUUGGCCUUCCAGGAUGUGGGGGCGUGCAUCGCCUUGGUGUCUGUGCGGAUUUUUUACAAGAAGUGCCCACUUACAGUACGCAACCUUGCUCAGUUUCCUGACACGACCACGGGUGCAGAUACAUCAUCGCUGGUGGAGGUCCGCGGCUCGUGUGUGGACAACUCAGAGGAGCGUGAAGUACCCAAGAUGUAUUGUGGUGCUGAUGGAGAAUGGCUGGUGCCAAUCGGAAGCUGUCUUUGUAACCCAGGAUUCGAGGAGCGAGCAGGAGCAUGCCAAGCCUGUAAGAUUGGCUACUACAGAGCGUUGGCCAGUGACGCCGGUUGCUCCAAAUGUCCUCUCCAUAGCUACUCGGUGCGCGAAGGCUCCACGUCAUGCACGUGCGACAAAGGAUAUUUCCGAUCCGAGACGGACCCCGCUUCCAUGCCCUGUACCCAGCCACCGUCCUCCCCACAGCACCUCAUCUCCAAUGUCAACGAGACAUCGGUGAACUUGGAGUGGUCGGCGCCGGCGUUUUCAGGCGGAAGACAGGAUCUUACUUACAAUGUGGUGUGUAAACGGUGCGGCCCGGACGGACAGCGGUGCGAGCCAUGCGGUGUCGGCGUCCAUUACACACCGCAGCAGCUCAGCUUGCGGAGUACGCGCGUCUCCAUCAACGAGCUGCAGGCGCACACGAACUACACCUUCCAGGUGUGGGCUGUCAACGGUGUAUCGCCGCAGAGCCCCGGGCCUGACCAGGCUGCGUCAGUCACCGUCACCACCAACCAGGCCGCUCCCUCUCCAGUUUCGUCCAUCCAGGCCAAGGACAUCACCCGGCACGGCGUGUCUCUGGCAUGGCAGCAGCCCGAGCGGCCCAACGGCGUCAUCCUGGAGUACGAGGUCAAGUACUACGAGAAGGAUCAGAACGAGCGCAGCUAUCGCAUCAUGAAGACGGCUUCCCGCAGCGCUGACAUUAAAGGCCUGAGUCCGCUCACCUCGUACGUUUUCCACGUACGAGCCCGUACUGCGGCCGGCUACGGAGAAUUUAGUGCUCCUUUCGAAUUCAUGACCAACUCAGCAGUUCCUUCUCCUAUUAUCGGCGACGGAGCAAACUCCACAGUUCUUCUGGUCUCCGUUAUCGGCAGCGUGGUUCUGCUGCUGAUCUUCAUCGCUGUCUUCGUCAUCGGACGCCGGAGGAGUAAAUACAGCAAAGCCAAGCAGGACUCAGAUGAAGAGAAACACCUACACCCAGGGGUGCGGAUCUAUGUGGACCCUUUCACGUACGAGGACCCCAACCAGGCCGUGCGCGAAUUCGCCAAAGAGAUCGACGCCUCCUGCAUUAAGAUCGAAAAGGUCAUCGGCAUCGGUGAGUUCGGCGAAGUAUGUAGUGGGCGCUUGAAGACGCCAGGGAAACGAGAGAUCUGCGUGGCCAUCAAAACCCUGAAAGCUGGAUACACGGAGAAGCAAAGACGGGAUUUCCUGAGCGAGGCCAGCAUCAUGGGCCAAUUCGAUCACCCCAACAUCAUCCGCCUUGAGGGAGUCGUCACUAAAUGCAAACCUGUAAUGAUCAUCACCGAGUACAUGGAAAACGGCUCCCUCGAUGCCUUCCUGAGGAAAAACGACGGCCGCUUCACGGUCAUCCAGCUGGUCGGUAUCCUCCGAGGAAUUGCAUCGGGAAUGAAAUAUCUCUCAGACAUGAGCUACGUCCACCGCGACCUAGCCGCCAGGAACAUUCUAGUCAACAGCAACCUGGUGUGUAAAGUGUCCGAUUUCGGUAUGUCUCGGGUGCUGGAGGAAGACCCGGACGCAGCUUAUACAACACGGGAAAUAAUGGGAACCUAUCAAUCGCAGGGUGGAAAAAUCCCCAUUCGCUGGACAGCACCAGAGGCCAUCGCGUACAGGAAGUUCACUUCAGCCAGUGACGUGUGGAGCUACGGGAUCGUCAUGUGGGAGGUGAUGUCGUACGGCGAGCGGCCAUAUUGGGACAUGAGCAACCAGGAUGUCAUAAAAGCCAUUGAAGAGGGAUACAGGCUUCCCCCACCAAUGGAUUGUCCCAUUUCUCUCCACCAGCUCAUGCUGGACUGCUGGCAAAAAGAGCGAGCCGAGAGACCUAAAUUUAGCCAAAUCGUCAACAUGUUGGACAAAUUAAUCCGUAAUCCCAAUACGCUAAAGAGGACUGGAGGGGAAAUAGCAAGACCCAACACCACCCUUCUAGAGCCGAGCAGUCCAGAAUUCUCCUCUCCUCUGGGCACCGUGUCUGACUGGCUAACAGCCAUCAAUAUGGAGCGUUACCGUGACAACUUCACCGCCGCCGGCUACACCACCCCAGAGGCGGUAGUGCACAUGACGCAAGAAGACAUGACAAGGAUAGGCAUCUCGUCAGCCAUGCACCAGGACAAGAUUCUCAGCAGUGCGCAGGGAAUGCUGUCCCAGAUGCAGCAGAUACAGGACAGGAUGGUUCCAGUCUGAUCGGAAACUCUUACACUCUUACAGCUCAUUUAUUUCCCCCUUGUUUUUGUUUUGUUUCGUUUUUUUUUUAGACAACUCCAUUUUUACCUCAUCCUCAUUUACGCACUUUAAAAAAAAAUUCGGAAAAAAAUAAAACAAGAACAAGGACGAACGGCUAACGGCACUUUUUUCCCCCCUGGAUCACCUUUCUAUCGGAGGAUUCGUUUCCUUCCUUCCCUGGUGUUGUGAAACUACGUUCUUCACUAUGUCGUGCAUUUUGCUACACGAUGGAACUUUGACGGGGCAUGCUCUUUUUUUUUCAUCCUUUUUUUUUUGUAUGUAUGUACGUAAAUGUAAAUAAGUAGAACUUUUUGGAUUCGUUCCACUUUGCCAUUUCAUCUUCCAGAUUGAAAAACUGUGGCUUUAAAGUAAAAAAAAAAAAAGACAUUUUGAAGUUUUUUUUUCUAUUAUUCUGGGAUUUCUGGCUCCAUGUGAAGGCUUCUCCGCCCCUUUGAAAUGGAAUAUCUGUCUCCACUUGGCUGGCAAGUCAUGCGCGCCGAUGGAUUCGAGAACACUGCUCUGAGUUGAGAUCUCUCUUGCGUCUUUUUCUCUCCAGCUUGGUCUCUAUGGGUUGUUUUUGUUGUUGGGUUUUUUUUUUCACUCUCACUCUCUCAACCCUGGCAGGCUGUGAAAUUCCCACUCACUGGAAGCUGGAUGGAAGUAAGGGUCACCUCGGCGUUUCUGCAUUGUAGCGACAUCCUUCAUCCCCUUAGCGAAAGCAAAGCAAAAAAAAAGAAAGAGAUUUUUUACAGCUCUCCUCAAGUUUCCUCUCAACGCAGAAAUGCUUCCAGACACAAAUAAUAACAAGCUGAGAAGUGGCUAUGGAUAAUUUGCACAUCCCCCAAGAGCUUUGUUUUGUCUGCAACUAGUGACUAAAGGGAUCCUAGCAACAGAACACAUGCUAGCUGCUUAGCCUUAGCUGGAUGAACUCUACAGCUUCAUGUGCGUGUUUGUUGUUGUUGUUUUUUUCUGUGAAGGAUGACGCUUGCUCUGAGGAACACACAAAAACACACACUCAAAGAAGACAUAGAGUACACUAAGACAAAAGAGUUGCUGGAAAAGAAAACAGAAUCAUUUGCUAGCUUAUUAUUGUUUUGUUUUUUUAGCCAUAAGGAAGUCACUGGAGUUUUUCGUUUAACGGUUCUGGAGUCAUAAGCCUUCACGAAUUCAGAUCGCUAAGCUAAAUUCAGACUCGGAGGAUUAGCAGCUAGCGCUAACGCUUCAGUUGUGGCUCUGGGAACUGGAAUACGGACACUUGAACCUUAAACUUACCACAGGAAUGUUUUUGGGUUUUGUUUUUUUGUUGAAAAAUAGGGAAAAAUUGAUUCACAUUUCAUGAAAGCCAACGGUCUUGUUUGUCUGUUUAACAUGCAUUCCCAUUCAGAAAACAUUUUCUUCAUCACGUUUUGCAGUUGGAGCACCUGAUUGGAAAUAUGCAAGGAAUGUGGAGGAGUUGGAGAGCUAUAGAAUGUAUCGUGCCAAGUUUCUUAAAUGUAGUUUAAUUCUUGGGAAUCAAACUAACAAAUCAUGUUUUUUUUUGUUGUUGUUGUUGUUUUUGUUUUGUUUUUUUGUUUUGUUUGCUCAGUUAAUCUAGUUGUGUAGAUUAACAAUGUGCUUAAUUUGCAAUUAUCUAUAUAAUGACAUUGUUUACUUUCUUUAUUUGAAAAAAAAUGAAUUUAGGUACAUUUCAUUUAUUUAUGGUCCUUUUUUUAUCUAGUUUGUAAAUUGUAAAAUAGAAAUAUGAGAAAAAAUAAAUGACUGAUUGCCAGGUGUGA